AUGAGGAGAUUGGCUUUUCGAGGUGCUGGUUGUACUCUGAAGAAGUUGGAUUCCAUGGGUUCCAAGCGACGAAGGGCUACUUCUCCUUCCAGCAGCAUCAGUGGAGGAGAUUUUGAUGAUGGUCACCAUUCAACAAAUAUACCAGGCCCAAGCCGGAAAAGAAGGAGACUUUCAAAUCUCCCAACUGUAGAUCCUAUUGCUGUGUGCCAUGAACUGUACAACACAAUCAGAGAUUACAAAGAUGAACAGGGCAGGCUCUUAUGUGAGCUUUUCAUUAGGGCACCAAAACGAAGAAAUCAGCCAGACUACUAUGAAGUGGUUUCUCAGCCUAUUGAUUUAAUGAAAAUCCAACAGAAACUAAAAAUGGAGGAGUAUGAUGAUGUGAACCUACUGACUGCUGACUUUCAGCUACUAUUUAACAAUGCAAAGGCUUACUAUAAGCCAGAUUCUCCUGAAUAUAAAGCUGCCUGCAAACUUUGGGAUUUGUAUAUGCGCACAAAGAAUGAGUUUGUUCAGAAAGGUGAUGCUGAGGAGGAGGAGGAAGAGGAUGAAGGGCAUGACAAUCAAGGGGCAAUGUCUGAAGUAUCUUCUCCAAGCUACUUGAAAGAGAUUCUUGAACAGCUGCUUGAAGCUGUAGCCAUAGCCACCAACCCAUCAGGACGUCUCAUAAGUGAGCUGUUUCAGAAGCUUCCCUCUAAAGUGCAAUAUCCUGACUAUUAUGCAAUAAUUAAGGAGCCCAUAGAUCUUAAGACUAUUGCCCAGAGGAUACAGAAUGGAAGUUAUAAAAGCAUUCAUGCAAUGGCCAAGGAUAUAGAUCUUUUAGCAAAGAAUGCCAAAACCUAUAAUGAGCCUGGAUCUCAAGUAUUCAAGGAUGCAAAUGCUAUUAAAAAAAUAUUUAAUAUGAAAAAAGCUGAAAUUGAACAUAAUGAACUGGCCAAGUCAAGUCUUCGAAUCAGGACUCCAUCAAAUUUGGCUGCUUCCAAACUGACAGGUCCUUCCUCACAGGGUAAAGGCAGUGUUGGUGAUGAGAGAAAUUCUACUAACAAAUAUUACCGUAACAAAAGAUCAGUCCAAGGGGAUCGUUUAUCUGCAAUAACCAUGGCAUUGCAGUAUGGAUCAGAAAGUGAUGAGGAUGCUGCUUUGGCUGCUGCUGCCCGUUAUGAAGAAGGAGAGUCUGAAGCAGAGAGCAUCACUUCCUUUAUGGAUACUUCUAACCCUCUUUAUCAGCUUUAUGAUACGGUUAGAAACUGCCGAAAUAACCAGGGUCAGCUUAUAUCAGAACCCUUUUUCCAUUUGCCUUCCAAGAAAAAAUAUCCAGAUUAUUAUCAGCAAAUCAAAAUGCCUGUUUCAUUGAAGCAAAUCAGAACCAAACUGAAGAACCAUGAAUAUGAAACUCUAGACCACUUGGAGUGUGAUCUGAACUUAAUGUUUGAAAAUGCCAAACGCUACAAUGUUCCUAAUUCCGCCAUCUAUAAGAGAGUACUGAAAAUGCAGCAAGUUAUGCAGGCAAAGAAGAAAGAGCUAGCUAGGAGAGACGACAUUGAGGACGGAGACAGUAUGAUCUCUUCUGCCACAUCUGAUACUGGAAGUUCAAAAAGGAAAAGUAAAAAGAAUAUAAAGAAGCAGCGAAUGAAAAUCUUAUAUAAUGUUGUUCUUGAAGCUCGAGAGCCUGGCACAGGCAGAAGACUCUGUGAUCUAUUUAUGGUUAAACCCUCCAAAAAGGACUAUCCAGAUUAUUAUAAAAUCAUCUUGGAGCCAAUGGAUUUAAAAAUUAUUGAGCAUAACAUCCGCAGUGAAAAAUACUCAGGGGAGGAGGCUAUGAUAGAAGAUAUGAGGCUAAUGUUCCGAAAUGCAAGGCACUAUAAUGAGGAAGGCUCACAGGUAUAUAAUGAUGCCCAUAUCCUAGAGAAGAUUCUUAAAGAAAAAAAGAAAGAGCUGGGACCUCUUCCUGAAGAUGAUGAUAUCGCUUCCCCUAAACUAAAGCUAAGUAGAAAAAGUGGUAUUUCCCCUAAGAAAUCAAAAUAUAUGACUCCAAUGCAACAGAAACUGAAUGAGGUGUAUGAAGCAGUGAAGAACUACACAGAUAAACGAGGCAGGCGAUUAAGUGCCAUCUUCCUGAGGCUUCCAUCUCGAUCAGAACUGCCUGACUAUUAUGUAACCAUUAAAAAGCCAGUUGACAUGGAAAAAAUAAGAAGUCACAUGAUGGCCAACAAGUACCAGGACAUCGAUUCCAUGGUAGAAGACUUUGUAAUGAUGUUCAAUAAUGCCUGCACUUAUAAUGAGCCAGAGUCUCUGAUUUACAAAGAUGCCCUUGUCCUACAUAAAGUUUUGCUUGAAACUAGAAGAGACAUAGAAGGAGAUGAGGAUUCUCAUGUCCCCAAUGUAACAUUGCUGAUCCAGGAACUUAUUCAUAACCUUUUUGUGUCUGUAAUGAGCCAUCAGGAUGAUGAGGGCAGGUGUUAUAGUGACUCCUUAGCUGAAAUUCCUGCUGUUGAUCCCAACUUCCCAAACAAACCACCUUUGACUUUUGAUAUUAUCCGAAAGAAUGUAGAAAAUAAUCGCUACAGGAGACUGGACUUGUUUCAAGAGCAGAUGUUUGAGAUGCUAGAGAGGGCAAGGAGGAUGAACCGGACUGAUUCAGAGAUUUAUGAGGAUGCUGUGGAACUUCAGCAGUUCUUUAUUAAAAUCCGUGAUGAACUCUGCAAGAAUGGAGAGAUUCUUCUGUCACCAGCACUCAGCUACACCACCAAGCAUCUUCACAAUGAUGUAGAAAAAGAAAAAAAGGAAAAGCUACCCAAAGAAUUCGAAGAGGAUAAACUCAAAAGAGAAGAAGAGAAGAGAGAAGCUGAAAAGAGUGAAGAUUCUGCUGCUGGAGCUGGUCUGUCGAGCUUACAUCGGACUUACAGCCAGGAUUGCAGCUUUAAGAACAGCAUGUACCAUGUUGGGGAUUAUGUCUAUGUGGAACCUGCAGAAGCCAACCUGCAACCUCAUAUAGUCUGUAUUGAGCGAUUAUGGGAAGAUUCAGCUGGGGAAAAAUGGUUGUAUGGCUGCUGGUUUUAUCGACCAAAUGAAACAUUCCAUCUUGCAACACGAAAAUUUCUGGAGAAGGAAGUUUUUAAGAGUGAUUACUAUAAUAAAGUUCCAGUUAGCAAAAUUUUAGGCAAAUGUGUGGUAAUGUUUGUUAAGGAGUAUUUUAAAUUAUGUCCCGAAAACUUUAGAGAUGAGGAUGUCUACGUCUGUGAGUCUCGUUACUCUGCAAAGACGAAGUCUUUUAAGAAGAUUAAACUGUGGACCAUGCCCAUUAGCUCUGUAAGGUUUGUCCCUCGAGAUGUGCCCCUGCCUGUGGUCCGUGUUGCUUCUGUGUUUGCUAAUACAGACAAAGUGGAAGAUGAGAAACACACUGAAACCUUAGAGGAUAAUAAAGUGGGAGACAGUAUCCUUAACCUUGAAAAGGAGAAAGAAGAUGUUCCAGUGGAAAUGUCAAAUGGAGAACCUGGUUGCCACUACUUUGAACAGCUCCGUUAUAAUGAUAUGUGGCUUAAGGUUGGGGAUUGUGUCUUUAUAAAAUCACAUGGCUUAGUGCGACCUCGGGUGGGCAGAAUUGAGAAGAUGUGGGUACGGGAUGGAGCUGCGUAUUUCUUUGGCCCAAUCUUCAUACACCCAGAAGAAACUGAACAUGAACCAACUAAAAUGUUCUACAAGAAGGAAGUGUUUUUGAGUAACCUGGAAGAGACCUGUCCAAUGACCUGCAUUCUGGGAAAAUGUGCUGUGUUGUCAUUCAAGGACUUCCUGUCUUGUAGACCAACAGAGAUCUCUGAAAAUGAUGUGCUACUCUGUGAGAGCCGCUACAAUGAAAGUGACAAACAGAUGAAAAAAUUUAAAGGGCUUAAGAGGUUUUCACUCUCUGCAAAAGUAGUGGAUGAUGAAAUUUACUACUUUAGAAAACCCAUAGUUCCUCAGAAGGAGCCAUCACCACUACUGGAGAAAAAGAUUCAGCAGCUAGAAGCAAAAUUUGCUGAAUUGGAAGGGGGUGACGAGGAUAUUGAAGAGAUGGCGGAAGAAGAAGGUGAAAUCAUUGAAGCACCUUCUAUGCCUCAGCUUCAGACUCCACUGGCUAGUGAACUGGAUAUAAUGCCAUACACUCCACCACAGUCCACUCCGAAGUCUGCCAAGGGCAGCACGAAGAAGGAGGGAUCAAAAAGGAAGAUCAACAUGAGUGGGUAUAUCCUAUUUAGCAGUGAGAUGAGAGCUGUGAUUAAAGCUCAGCACCCAGACUACUCCUUUGGAGAGCUCAGCAGGCUUGUAGGAACUGAAUGGAGAAACUUGGAAGCAACCAAGAAAGCAGAAUAUGAAGAGCGGGCAGCUAAAGUUGCUGAGCAGCAGGAGAGAGAGCGAGCAGCACAGCAACAGCAGCAGAAUUCCUCCCCCCGGGCAGGCACUCCUGUCGGGGCUCUUAUGGGGGUGGUGCCGCCACCAACACCAAUGGGAAUGCUCAAUCAGCAGUUGACACCUGUUGCAGGCAUGAUAGGUGGCUAUCCGCCAGUGCUGCCACCUUUGCAGGGCCCAGUUGAUGGCAUUGUUAGCAUGAGCAGCAUGCAGCCACUUCACCCUGGGGUGCCCCCACCCCACCAACUUCCGCCAGGUAUGCCAGGCAUCCCAGGCAUCCCACCACCGGGUGUUAUAGGCCAAAGCGUUUCUUCCAUGGUAGGCACUCCGGCACCAGGAGGAAGUCCCUUUGGACAGCCAAUGGGAUUGCUUGGGCCACCUGGCCAGCAGGCACCACCUCCAUACCCUGGUCAAAGCCAAGCAAGUCAGCAGGUUAUACAGCAGCCCACAACUCCAAUGUUUGUCUCCCCUCCACCAAAGACACAGAGGCUUCUUCAUUCUGAGGCCUACCUGAAAUAUAUUGAGGGGCUUAGUGCUGAAUCAAAUAGUAUUAGCAAGUGGGACCAGACCCUUUCAGCACGAAGACGUGAUGUCCAUCUAUCCAAAGAACAAGAGAGCCGUCUUCCUUCACACUGGUUGAAAAGUAAAGGGGCCCAUACCACAAUGGCAGAUGCCCUGUGGCGUCUUCGAGACUUGAUGCUACGAGACACCCUUAAUAUCCGUCAAGCAUACAAUAUAGAAAAUGUUUAAUCACAUACAUUGCUUUUUUAUUUGAUACCAACAUAUAAAGAGUUUUGUGGAACAAUAGCUGUUUUAGUUAAUGGCUGGGGAGAGAUAACCAACAAUAAUUUUUAUUGCAUUUUGCUGUACAUUGCAAGACCAUUUUUAUAUAAGGACACUUUUAAUAAGCAUCUUUCACUUUGUUAUAUUAAGUUGACCUUAUCAAAUACACAAACUUUUGCAUAUGUUCCCUUUGUUUAAAAGGCAAUUUCAUAUUUGAUUAUAAGUGUAGUCAAGGUUUCAUCUUUCUUGUACUUAUUACUGAGAAUCUAAUGCCAUCAGUUUUUUGUAUAAAAAAGAUAAAAAAGCAAAACAAAUAAGUGUUUACAAAUUAGUUUGAAAAAUACAAUGGAAUGUGAAAUUAGUCAUAGUUUACCUCAUAGAAGAAUGUGUGUACAUGUGCUUGUGUGUGUUAACCACUUCCAGCAGAAAUAGCAGUUGGAUGUGAACUGAAAGGCUUUAUGUAAAUAAAGGUAAAGGGUGCGUCAACACUAGUAACAAUUGGAUCUGUGAUUAACCACCAGCGCAGCUCCACUGGUUGUAGCAACAGUGGAAGUGCUAGUGUAGAAAGGACACAGAUGUGGUUACUGCUGUGUUGUCCAACUGUGUCCAAUUAUUUGAUGGUGUCAACAAUGGCCAUUGAGAUCCAGAUCAGUAACAGAAUACACGUACAAACUGAACCACAAAUAAAUGCAUUGGAAAGGUAAAAUGCUUUAUCUGCCAAGACCUGCAUUCAGGGUUCUGUGACAUCACUUACACGUACAGCAGGGUAGGGAGCUGCAUUCCUUGCAUGGGUUUAGGUUCAUUAAUAUUUGCAAGAGAAAUGCAGAACUUUGACUUUAUUUAGGUUUUGGAAGAUAAAUAAAAGAGGGGGAAAGACUGCAGCUGAUUAAUUUUAAAAUGAUUUUAAAGUCUAUAUAUGUUCUGUUAAUGAUUUGGUACUGUAAGAGAUUUUUGUAUACUUUUUUUUUUUUUUUUUUUAAGUGUUUCAGUUCACUAUAAUGAAAGUAUUGUUGUAUGGCUGGAGAGAAAUUUAACACAUAAUUCUAGCUUUAAAAUAAAAUACUACAGCGUGUGUAAAAUCAACACAAUGUAUACCAGGGUUUAUAGAUAGGAGGGAAUAGGUUGCUUGCAUUGCAACUUUUUCCUUCCUAAUCAGUAGGUACGUAUGGUGUGUUCUAUCCACAUUUCAGGGCUGUGACUUCCUUCUGUUCAGAACUUGCCAGUUAAAAACAAAUUAACAAACAAUCUUUUUGACUGCAAAGUUGUUUAUCAGAGCCAAAUACUUUUAUGAUACUUAAUUUUUGUAAAUAAUUUAGAUAUGCAGCAAACAAAAAAAUUUGGGAAAGCAAAAUGACUUAAAAAUCUUCUACUAGGGUCAUUUAAUAAACACUGAAACAUGUAUCCGAAAGAACCAAUCUGCUGAUAUUUUCUCAUCUAACAUUAGAGUGAAAUAUUCAUCAUGUGGAAAUGUGUUUUAAAAAGCACUGGAAUAGAAAAGUCUUCCCUGAGCACAAUGUGCAUAUUUUCACUUUAAAAUAGUCAGCAUUUUGGUGCCUAGUUCAGUGACAUGCUUUGUAGUGAUGAGGAAAAUGUGAUGUGCAAGUAUAAAUUGUGAUUGAUCUUACACUAUUUGUUAAAUUUUUCAGUGAUUACAGGAAACAUUCUUUCAUAUUUUCUGGUAGUCAUUUAAAGAUCAAGGUCUUCAGACGUGAUACUAAUAUGAAGGAAAGGGAAACAGUAUGGAGAGAGAGAGAGAGAAGUGAUUUGUAAAUUUGAGCCCUACAUGUAAUACGACUAUGGCACAUAUACUUUUUGUUUAGUUUAAUGCCAUUUGUAAACAACCAACUCUAAAUUUAAAUUUAAUGUAAAACAUUUUGCAAAUAUAUUAAACCUCCAAUAUGUACAGUAUCAUUUUAAUGUACAUUUAAAUGACCAUAAGCUUUGCAGAUUUUAGCAACAAAAACAGGACAUUAAGCUGAAUCAGAUAGGCAGCAAGUCCUAAUUUUUGAGUAUUUAGAACCAUCAUGAACUGUAUCACUACAAUCAGAUUCUCUUAUUGCUAGACGUUAACAAAAUUACACCAAAGAGCCUGGAAUUAAUUUUAGUUAAGUUAUUUUUUAUUUAUUUUUAAUUUUUCUUUUGGGCACUGGAUGGGACUCCCUUUGGAAUCUAUACAUCUCAGAUCUUUAAUUUGUCAGAAAGGUCAGUGUUGAACAACCCCAGCAUUGCCUCUUUCCCACCGUAGGGAGCCUUCACCGCUCCUCCUAGCCCAGGAGCAAGAGAUUGGAACUGUAAACCAAAUCCUGGGUCUCCUUCAUGGCAGUGCAGAGCACUACCAUGAGGCCACUGGGCUGGCCCUAAUCAAUUAUAUUAAACUUUUUAUUUAUUUCAAAAUCAUGUCUCUGUAUAUUGCGGGCAUUUCAGUGGAGAAUGCAGUAAAAUUUAGGAUUAUUUUCUAACUCUGAAUGGUUAAAAAGACAUGCCUCUUUUUGGGAGUAUUUGAAUCCAUAAUUUGUAUUUCACCAUGAUUUACUGUAUUGGCAUAAAUGAAAUUUUCAUAUAAAAAAAAGGUUGCAUGGGAAAUGGUUGGCUUCUGUGAGAGUGAAAAAUAGAUUAAUUUAGAAUCUGUAUUUUAGUAAACUACUUGGAGGCCGUUAAUUGUUCAUCUUCUCUUCCCCAGUCCUCCCCACUAAUCCCUCCCUUUCCUUCAAGAGAAAACUUACUGUUUGUGUCAAAAUUUGAAAGUUGGUGUUGGUGACUUUUCAGCAUAUGUUUUCGGACCUGGUUAAUCCAUGUUUGGUUUUUCCUUACAUCUGUGUACCCAAAAAGUUAGUGAUAACCAGGCUUAUAAAAUGUAUGUACCAUCAAUUUGUUUGAGGCUUUUUAAUUUGAAUAAAAAUAGUUUGCAAAGUGAUUUGGAUUAACCAGGUUUGAUUGUCCCAUGAAGACUUUUGUUAAAAUUUUAUUUCAAGCAGCUCUGACUGUUGCAAAUCCAGAUUUUAUCAAGACUUUGGAGCAGGAGGUGUGUGUGGCUUUGUUUUUGUUUUGUUUUGUUUUAAGAAUCAGUAGAGAGCAGCAUUCAGAUUGUCCUCUACACAGUAGGAAAUCCCUGGGCUGUACUGCCAAGGACAGUGUUGCUGAACGAUACAGCUCCAAUAUUUAAGCCAUGUUGGAUAUGAUCUUUUGAUCAGCAAGAACUGAAGAGCAGCCACCAAAAGAAGCAAACCCAUGAUGAUUGGCAUGGUAAGAUUUAAACCAACCCAGGCUGCCAUAGCACAAACUGGCAAUAAAAAAAAAAAA